CUUCGAUUCGCCCAGGACUUAGCUCAAUCUGCGCAGUAGACUUUCCCGGACCCUUGCCGGUGCAGGGACCGUGCGCCCCGCUGUGGGUGAACAUGCGGCCCCACUUUGUACCUCUGAGCUCCAACCGUUCGCAGUUGGGGCCAAUGAUUUUCCGCCCAGUUUACGCCCAAGGGAGCUGAGCUGUCCCGUUUGGAGCGGUGGUGGGAACCGCCGACCCGGCGCCAUAUCGGGGCCCCCUUCACGCCAGAGCUUCCCUUCACUCUCAACCCCAGUCCCGGAAAGCCCCUCCACGACUUUGAGGCGAAGCUACGAUGUACGACGAUUCUUGGUACAGCUUCGUGCCAGAGGUGGCCAAGAAAGCUACCACGGCUGCCCAAGGCCCAGGCCAUCGUCGCAAAGAGUCGCUGUUGCAGCAGUCCAAUGUCAGCUCCCAAACCCCACUACCGUCACCAUGAUCACCAUCACCGCAACGGCGUGCUGACAGUUGAUGCUACCAAAAGGGUAUACCCCAGGCUUCCAAUGCGCCAGAAGCUCUCGACGAAAUCUUCGAAGAGAUUGAAGACCGAAACACACCCCCGGAAGCCGAGGUCUUGCGCCGCGCAAAGUCCUAUUCCGACUUCUACCACGUCGUUCGAGCCCAAUUAGCCAAGGAUGAGCAACACAAGAGGCGCAGGCGGAAGAGGGAAAAGACAUGGGAUGCGCUAGACAUUGCGACAGACGUUGCUGAAUCCAAGGCCGGAUCUCGCCCGGUUCAUCGACAAUACGAAGGGGAAUUGCUUGAGGCUAGUCAGCAAGAAUACCUGUGAGUAGGGGCUAGCUACGCACGAAACUCGCCCUUGCUAACCACUCGAGCAGACUGUACAAGGACCAACUGACGCUCACCGAACGGCAUCUCGACAUGCUCAUCGACGAUACGAACCAAGCGCUCAAGCUGUUGACAACAUUGUCUGAAUCGUUCCAAUCAGUCGAGGCACAGACGAGUUCGUUCCAGUCGCAGUGCGAGGACCUAUUGUCGGAACAGCACAGGCUCGAGAAACUUGCAGACGAGGUCGGUACCGAUCUUCACUUCUACGCAUACCUCGAUAAUGUCUCUAGGAGACUCAAUGCUCCUGGCGCUGGACGUCUGGUUGAUGAUGAAUCCUUCGGCGAGAUCUUGAGGAACCUAGAUUCUUGUAUCGGCUUCAUGUCGAAACAUACGACGUACCGUGACGCCGAGUCCUACCUGGCUCGAUACGAGGCUUUGCUGACCAAGGCACUCCAUCUUCUCGAGGUUGGCUUCACCAAUAGACUGGAGGGCAUCUCCUCCGAGAUCGCGAGCCAGAUUGCUGGCACCAAGUCCGAGGCUACCCGUCAUGCUUUGGCAUACGGGCGUUUUGAGGAGAUGAUUCUUGACUCUUACUCUCUAAUCCCUAAUAUCCACAAAGUGAUCAACAGCGUAUAUGAUGAAUACGGGCUCCCGAUCACUGGCGUUGCCAAGGACAUCUACUCGAAUACCACGAGCAAUCUCUUCAGCUCUUACCUGGCUGUUCGAGACCGCGACUUGAAGCCCAUAGUGCAGCACGACCAGGACGAGUUCAAAAAGGAGAUCAAAGAUCUGUCCGUCGAGACAGCUUCGAGGAAUUACAUCAAGCAGAGCUUCGAACGCGCGUUCAACGAAGCCAAUCUAUUCGCCAAAAUCUUUGGUCUAGAUCUACAGUGGAGCUCCGAUCCGGAGUCGGCAUACGGGGUUCUCAAGUCUAACCAGAGGUCGCUCGUCAACCCCGCGAAUCUCGUCCAGUUGGCCGCCAAUCUCAAUGCCGCACUUCAGACUGCGGAUCUCGACACGAUCUGUAGUGUGGUCGGCUGGCUGACCAACGAGUAUCUGGUCCUCGACUAUGAUGAGGAGGAAUCUCCGUUCGCGCGUCAAUGCCGUGAACUCAGUGCCAGACUCUUGACCGAACAUCUCUGGGUCUUCACAGACAACGCAUUCGAGGCAGAGAUUACGAAGACGAUCGCCAAGGCCACAGUCAAAGAUGAGGCUCUUACUAUUGGCCCAGUGGUCGGCGGCGUUUCUUCUUCAAAUGCCUUCCCCCCAGUCAAGCAAGCGCUCAAGCUUUUGGCCAAGUAUGACCAAGCCAUGCCCAAGGAACGAAGUCAAAAGAACAGCCAGGUCAUCUUCAAGAUCGUCCGGGAAACCAUCCAGAUACUACAACGUGCCGAGGCGCGGAUCAAAUCCAUCAAGGCAGGCACGGACGCCGAUCUUUUCAUGGUGAAGAACCUCCUCAUCAUCAAAAACGAGCUUGUCUCUCUCGAAAUCGGAGACAUCCGGGGCGACACGGCCGCCAUGCAACAUUUCGGUCACAUCUGGGACAACCUCAGCCCCCAGAACUGGGUGGGCUUCGUCAGCAACAUCAUUGGCGGCUCCCUAUGGUCCCGAGGAGCGGCGGCAGGAGCGGCGACCGUCACGGCCAAGACGUUGACGGUCGAGGACAUGAGCGAGCAGCUGGACGAGCUGCUGAGGCAGUCCAUUGUCGCCUUCACGCAGCGCUGGGGCGGACUGACGAACGAUGCAAGGGCUAGAAAACCUGGUGUCAAACCCAUUGGCAAGGUCGAGAAGGAGCUGGAUGAGGUGCUGUUGAGGGCUUUUAGCAACCAGCCUGAGGUGAUUGCGAAGCUCAAGGAGGCGAUUGAGAUUAAUGCGCAGGCACAGGAGAAGGCGCAAGAGGAAAAGAAGGGAAUUAGACGGUACUGAGGGGUUUAGCGAUGACCGUUCUUAGUAGAGGUACGUAUGGUCGAGAGUGAAAUGAGACAUCUGGUGAAAUGCCACGUUUACGGGCUGCUUAGUCUCAGAAUUCCCACAUUCGACAAGAAUCAUCUCAUGAGUAUAUUCGUAGAGAGCAUUGAACUCCAGAUGGCAGGC